AUGUGCCUUGGUGAGGUGCAAUUUAUUCCAACUCCAAUUACUCGAGUGCUACUCUCAGCAACUAAGGCACAAUCUUCAAUUGGGUCGCCACUGGCUACAUUGUUCCCAUCAUUGGAAGUGAAGGAAAACCAGGCAGCUUAUUUGGGAUGGUCUCAAAUGCAAUCAAAUCGGCCCCCGACCCAGCCAAAACCUGAACCCUUCUACGGAUUAAAGGUUAAACCGACCUAUACUCUGAACCAUCCGCCAGAUAAGCGCCAUAGCUCCCAACAGAUGCAGCAACCAAGAUUGGACAAACACGUGUCAGUCAGCGGGGAAUUUCUGCUACCAAGGAAAGCAUCAGUUGGCAAACUUAAACUUAUCCAACUAACGCCCGAAGAUGACGUGGAUAUAUUAUUACAGAGGGCUAAGAUCGUUACUCAUCGAAACAAAAUUGCAAUUAAACUUAAUAGAAAGGUUAUACCCUUCUUAGAAGGUGAGGCACUUAGCACUCCACAGAGGAUCAUUGAGGUCAGCCCCGUGCCUUUGGAGCUCCGUCGCAAGUCCCCCGUCGAUGACGGCGGCGCCGCCGCACUGCCGCAAAAAUUCGGUCAUCAAAGAGGAAGAAGGAUAUUUUGUGAGCGGGAUUGGUGGGUGGAGAGGCGGUGGCACGUGUGA